ACCUGCCCCAAUCAAGCCUUCCACUUGGUCUUCUUUUUCGUUAUUCUGCUUCCCCUGCAUUCAGUCUGCACUUUUUAACACUUCCUGCAGUCAGUUCUCUCUCUGGUUAGUUAGUAGCAGAAUAACAUCUUGCUAAACAAGGAAUCUGCAGGAUAUCACCAUGAAAGCACUCAUCUUGGUUGGUGGAUUUGGCACACGCUUAAGGCCCCUGACAUUGAGUAAGCCAAAGCCACUUGUGGAUUUUGCCAACAAACCAAUCAUUUUGCAUCAGAUUGAAGCUCUCAAGGCUGUUGGAGUUUCAGAAGUUAUCUUGGCCAUCAGUUACCAGCCACAGGUUAUGAGGAGUGCCUUAGAAGAAUUUGAGGUAAAGGUUGGUAUCAAGGUCACUUGCUCACAGGAGAUGGAACCUUUGGGCACUGCAGGGCCACUGGCCCUUGCAAGAGAAAAGCUGAUUGAAUUUGGAGAACCAUUCUUUGUUCUCAAUAGUGACAUUAUUUGUGAAUAUCCGCUAAAAGAGAUGAUAGAAUUCCAUAAAGCUCAUAGAGGAGAGGCGUCAAUCUUGGUAACCAAGGUGGAUGAGCCUUCAAAAUAUGGUGUUGUGGUUCUGGAUGAGGAAAAUGGAAGGGUUAACAGCUUCAUUGAGAAACCAGUAACAUUUGUUGGUAACAAGAUUAAUGCUGGAAUCUACUUCCUGAACACUUCUGUUCUAGAUAGAAUUCAACCAAUACCCACAUCAAUAGAAAGAGAGCUCUUCCCUGCCAUAGCAAAUGAAGGAAAGCUCUUUGCCAUGGUUUCAACAGGUUUCUGGAUGGAUAUUGGACAGCCAAAGGAUUAUCUAAAGGGCUUAAGGUUGUAUUUAGAUCAUCUUAAAAGGGUGUCACCAGAAAUACUCUCGGUUGGGCCUUACAUCAUUGGCAACGUUCUGAUAGCUGACAGUGCAAAGAUUGGAGAAGGUUGUAUUAUUGGACCAGAUGUGACUGUCGGUCCUGAUUGCAUAAUUGAGUCUGGAGUAAGGCUAUCAUUUUGCACAUUAAUGAAGGGUGUCAGAGUAAAGAGUUCUGCUCAUGUAUCUGGAAGCAUCAUUGGAUGGCAUUCAACUGUUGGACAAUCUGCCCAAGUUAGCAAUAUGGCAGUCCUUGGAGAGGAUGUCCAUGUCAGUGACACAAUGUUCCUCAAUGGAGUUGUUGUUCUACCACACAAGGAGAUAAAAUCACACUUUGUGAAGCCAGAAAUCAUAAUGUAGGCAGCAAUGGAAUACCGAACCAAAACCAUAAUUCUCAUGGACUAAUUUAGACAUUUUGUGUUUUCUAUUUUCACUCUGUUACAGGGGUAAAAACUAUCAGAAAUCUUCAUUGAUACAUAGAAAAUUCUAAAUGGAAUCCUCUCUACCUUAUCCAGUGUAAAAUCUGCUUUAAUGCAGUUGUGAUCUAA